AUGAGGAUCGAACACUUCAGCAGGAUCUCACAGCCCAACCAGUUUGAUAUCUUUCUCUCUAUUUCUCUCUAUUUAUCUGUCAAUAUUCUUGUCUCUAUAUAUCUCUCAGUAUGUCUCCUUCACUUUCUUUCUACUUCAACAUAUUCGUCUAUCUAUAUAUUUUAUAUUUCUCACACACACUCUCUCUCUCUCUCUAUCUCUGUUCAUAUCUAUCUAUCUAUCUAUCUAUCUAUCUAUCUAUCUAUCUAUGUUCGUCUUUCUGUACCUCAUCUUCAUUUGCUAGAUUUUCUUUAUUUUUAUUUAAUUUGUUUUUAUUAUUGGUUUCUUUCUUUCUUUCUUUCUUUCUUUCUUUCUUUCUUUUCUUUCUUUUCCUGUAAUUGUUUCUUUGUUUGUUUGUUUGUUUCUUUUUUCUUUCUUUCUUUCUCUUUAAUUUGUUGCUUACUUUGUUUUUAUCUCCACAGUUUGUUUGUUUAUUUGCCUUUUCUUUCUUUCUUUCAUUUUUUCUUUCUUUCUUUCUUUCUUUCUUUCUUUCUUUCUUUCUUUCUUUCUUUCUUUCUUUCUUUCUUUCUUUGUUUAAUGUUCUUUCCUUUCUUUGUUGCAACUGAUUUCUUUCUUGUAUCAUUCCCUCCAUUCUCUUUUGUUUGUCUCUGUCGUUCUUUAUCAUUAUAUUCCUUCUUUCUUUCUUUUUCUUUUCAUUUAUUGUUCCGUUCUUCUUUUCUUCCUUUUCCUUCUCUAUUUUCUUCCCAUCCUUUUGUUCACCGAUUAUUUCCUUAG